CAAAUUGUCAAGGGUCCUACUGACAGACCCAAGUGACGAGUAGCCAUCGGCGCUGUGGAGACUUGCUCACCGUUGGAGCUCGUCGCGACUCAGAAUGGCGACCACGCCGACGACGCAGGUUCCUGAAGAGGGAAAGCUCCUUAGUGAAAGUCUCAGCACCGUCAAGUUGCAGGCGGCUCAGAUGAGGAGGCAUCUGGAUAAUGACGACAUCAUGGAUGCAUUGAAGAGUGCCAGCCUAAUGCUCGCCGAACUGCGAACCUCCUCCCUCUCUCCAAAGCAAUAUUAUGAACUCUAUAUGGCUGUCUUUGAUUCUCUUCGUCAUCUCUCAAACUAUCUAUACGAUGCACACACCCAAGGCCGACAUCAUCUCGCUGACCUGUACGAGUUGGUUCAAUACGCCGGCAACAUAGUACCUCGGCUCUAUCUCAUGAUUACCGUCGGCUCCGUUUACAUGUCUAUCCCCGAAGCACCUGUUAAGGACAUCAUGAAGGACAUGAUAGAAAUGUGCAGAGGCGUAUUAAACCCGGUCAGAGGGCUCUUUCUCAGGCACUAUCUCAGCGGUCAGACGAGGGGUUACCUUCCAGUCGGGGAUGACCAGGGACCCUGUGGAAACUUGCAAGAUUCCAUAUCCUUCGUCCUCACGAAUUUCAUCGAAAUGAACAAGCUAUGGGUCCGGCUUCAACAUCAAGGUCAUUCCCGAGAUCGCGAGAAGCGUGAAAUGGAACGACGCGAUUUGCGAAUACUCGUCGGGACGAAUCUUGUUCGCUUAUCUCAACUCGAUGGUGUGGACCUUGACAUGUACCAAAGAUCCAUUCUUCCCGCUAUUCUGGAACAAGUGGUCAACUGCAAGGAUGUCAUCGCCCAGGAAUAUCUGAUGGAGGUCGUCAUACAGGUCUUCACAGAUGAGUUCCACCUGCAUUCGCUCGGUCCUUUCCUAUCAGCGACUGCUCAGCUUCAUCCAAAGGUGAACAUCAAGUUGAUAGUGAUUGCUCUCAUCGAUCGUCUUGCCGCCUAUGCUGCACGUGAAGCGGAGAAUGAAGAUCCCGAGGAAACCAAGAGGCAGGAAGAAGGUGCUGCACGACGACUUGCGGAGAAGGUCAGAGUAGCGCGCGAGCAGGCAAGUGCACCUCGGGUAGAACAAGUGUCGCAGGACGGUGCAGAUACCUGGCAAGACCAUGCCGUUCAGGCUGCAAAAGAAGAUGCGGUAAAUAGUGUAGUGGGCGAGAAGGUGAAUGGCAUGCCCGAUGAGAGUAAGGAAGGGAAGGGCAAGGACAAGGAGGGCGCUCCUGCGCACAAAUUCAGGGGUAUACCAGAAAACGUCCAACUGUUCGAAGUAUUUUGGAAGCAAGUCGUCGAGCUUAUCAAGGCAAGACCGGAUCUUUCCAUACAGGAUAUCACGGCGUUGUUCGUAUCAUUAACGAACCUCUCGCUAAGUUGCUAUCCCGACAGGCUGGAAUACGUGGACCAAAUUCUUGGCUUCACACACGAGAAGAUCAAGGAGUUUUCAAAAAGCCCUGACCUUCACGCUCCUCAGACAGCUGCCAACCUUGCUGCUCUUCUCGUUGCUCCUAUCAACUCCUACCAAUCCGUUCUCACUCUGCUUGCUAUCCCACGUUACGUUCCCCUCCUGACUCAACAGCUAUUCUCUACUCGCCGUUCCAUCGCGCACUCUGUCGUUUCCAGCGUGCUCAAAAAUGAGACACUCAUCGAGACUCCGCGUGAUGUGGAUGGUGUGCUUGACUUGUGCCACGUAUUGAUCAAGGACCAGAAUGAUGCAAUGCCCGCACAGGGCCUUGGCGCAGUUAAAGAGGCACGACGACAGGGACCACAGUUCGCGGGGGGAGAGGAUCUCGCUGAGGAGCAAGGUUGGGUCGCACGUAUGGUGCAUUUGUUCAGAGCAGAGUCGCUGGAUACACAAUUUGAUUUGUUGCAGACGGCGCGCAGGCACUUCGAGGCAGGUGGCGAGCGGAUGCGCUACACCUUCCCUGCUCUCAUCACGUCGAGCAUUAAGCUCUGUCGUCGGUAUAAGAAUCGGGAGCAUCUGGAGGAGGAUUGGCAAUCCAAAGUAACGACCAUCCUCAAAUUCGUGCGACAGUGUACUUCUAUCCUUGCUACACAAGUCGAUGCUCCCGCGCUCGCACUACGACUCUUCCUGCUCGCUGCUCAAAUCGCAUCCGAGUGCGGACCCGAAUUCGCUGAUCUUGCGUAUGAUUUCUACGUGCAAGCCUUCUCCGUUUACGAGGACUCGAUUUCGGAAUCUCGUGCUCAGCUUGCAGCGAUUACGCUUAUCAUCGGCACGUUACAGACGUCCCGAGUGUUCGAGGUGGACGCAUACGAUACAUUGAUAACGAAAGCUGCCUUGCAUGGUGCAAAGUUGUUGAAGAAACCGCAUCAGGCUAUCGCUGUUCAUGCGGCUAGUCAUCUAUGGUGGCAGGAGCCGCCAGCAGAAGGCGAUGGCGAUGGUGAAGGUGACGGCGCGCGGACAGACGACGAAAAGAGCAGUAGUCCCAAGGAAAAAGAAGCCGGAGCGUUCCCUCAUCAAGACAGCAAACGUGUACUUGAGUGCCUGCAGAAAGCGUUGCGUAUAGCCAACUCUGCAACAGAGGAGAUCGUGACGGUACAGCUGUACUGUGAGACUCUAGACAAAUACCUAUACUACUUCGAUCGCGGUGCACCCGCGAUCGCUCCCAAGUACAUCGUAUCGCUCGUCGAACUCAUUGCGUCAUCAAUCGACGCGAUCUCCUCACCUGCAUUCUCGACUUCAUACCUGCACCCUUCGCAGAGAAUCGAAGGCGUUGCCUCGCCCGAAAUGAUAACGCGACACUUCCAGAAUACGUUAUCCUAUAUUCAUGCGAAGAAGACGUCCGAGAAUCCGGGUCGGUACGACGAAGUUGAAAUCGUUGGCGCGUUCCUGAAGAUGGGCAUCACGCGGUAGCGUAUACCCCAGAACUGUUGCCCUCACCGGUUGUUCCGUCGAUGGCAAGGGAUGGAGGAGCCCUGAGGGACUCGUAGGAUGUGAUAUGCUCCCGAGUUGUGAUAUGACGUAUCGAGGAUGGUUCCUUAACGCCUUCCUGUUGUUGCUAUUAAGAUUCUGGCUAUAUGCUUGUAUGCGUGUCCUGGUUUGGACACGGGCAUAUGAUUUGUACAGAAUACCCUCUACCCUCUUAUUUACUUGCGUACAUACUUCUGAAGCUCGAAGAUUUGAAUUGAAUUGAGUGUGUGGGUUGACGGACUUGAUUACAAUUGGAAUCAUUGAGAUCUUCGAAAUAAAUGAAAAUGCAGCUCCAUAGAUUGUCGGAUAAGUGACCACGUCAUUAAAUUUAGGGUGGUAGAAGACCUGUGUGAGGG